AUGGGUAUGCACGGACGCCUCACCUUCCUCCUCCUCCUCAGCCUCCGUGCCCCAGGGAUUUUCAUCAGAGCAGCAGCCCUGCCUGACCUGCCGCGCGUGGUGGCCCUGAGCGAGGAUGCGGCGCCGGGCACCCACGUGGCCGAGGUGACCGUGUCCUGCAGCAAUGCGAGCGGCAGCCCCAACGUCACCCUGCGCGGCAUCGAGCCCGGCCACCCUUUCAACCCUAUCACCGUCAGCGCCGACCCUGCAGCUGCCAGCACAUUUCAGGCAGAGGUGACGCUGCAUGCCAGUGCGGAGCUUGAUGCCCGCCGGGUGAAGCAGUACACCCUGACCCUGUGGGCCUCUUGUCCCGGCGAGGACGAGGUGGAAGAGCGGCUCUUUGUCUGGGUGAUGGCGGGGCAGGUGCUGCGCUGUGAUGCCCCCUUUGCCAGUGCAGGGGGAGACGUAGUGCAGGUGCUGGCGGACGUGGCACCCCGGACGCCUCUGUACGUGGUGCUGCCUCAGCCGCUCGGCGGGCUGAUGUUCAGGCUCCGAAACCACGACACGCCGCUCGUGCUCACCCGCCAGGGCCUGGUGCUGGCGCCUGCUGACGGCUUCAACCCCAGCAAGGACACCCAGAUGUUCAGGCUGGAGAUCGAGGUCAUGGACCGCCACGGGCACAACUGCAGCGGGACCGUGAGGGUGGAGGUGCUGCCAUCGCACCGUCCCCGCGUCACCUUCCUCGAGCCGCAGUGGGCCGUGACGGUACCAGAGGGCAUCGGCCCCUUGGAGGUGGUCACGCAGGUCCACGCCAGUGGUGACAACGUCCGCUAUGCCAUCCUGGCUCCCACGGCGCCCGCACUCUUCACCAUUGACGAGGUGACGGGCGAGAUCCGCAGCACCUGCCAGCUGGAGGUGGCCCAUGCACGCCUCCUCGUCCGGGCUUACAACGCGCUGCACCCCACCGACCACGCCACCACCAUGCUCAACGUCACCGUGCAGGGGACAGGCCGGCAGGCGCCAAGCUGUGUCCCAGCCCUCUCCAUGUCCCAGGUGCCCGAGACAGUGUCCCCCGGCAGCACCCUGGUGACGCUGAGGUGCACCGACCCCACCGGCACCAACGGGAGCCUGCACUAUGCCCUUGAGGGGCCCCCCACCUCCCGCUCCCGCUUCUGCAUGGAGGGGCCACGGCUGCAGGUCAACACCACCCUGGACUACGACUCGGAGGCCGUGGCUGCUGUGGGCUUCCAGUUCACGGCCACCAUUGUGGUGACGGCAGGAGGGCAGCCCCCACGGAGCACCCACGUGCCCGUGCUCGUGACGGUGACACCCGUCAACGAAUUCACACCGGUGUGCCCCAGUGGUGCCACCUUCACCGUGCCGGAGACAGCGGCUUUCGGCAGCACCGUGGGACGUGUGGCCGGCACUGACCGUGACUACCCACUGGACAGCCUUGAGUACAGCCUGGAGGGAGGCCCCAGCCCCACGCAGCCCUUCUCCAUUGACACACGCACCGGCGAGAUCCGCGUGGUGGGACCCCUCGACUCCCAGCGGCACAAGAGCUACAGGCUGACAGUGCGGCUGACAGACACCCGCAAUGACCUGGACCCGGCAAAGCGUCGGAGCUGCCUGUGCGACGUGGCCGUGCACCUGCAGGCUGUGCCGGACCAGGCACCGGUGUGUACCCCUGAGGUGCAGGAGCUGCGGAUCAUGGCCAGGUCGGGUGGCCGCCAGCCUGUCACCCGCCUGGCGUGCCAGGGCAGCUCCGACGGUGCCGUGCUGGCAUACACCAUCGCUGGAGGCAAUGAGGACGGGCGCUUUCAGCUGGAGGGGAACACCCUCUUCUACCUCCCCAAUGACCUGGCCGAGACCCGUACCUUUGUGCUGCUGGUGGAGGUGUGGGGUGGCCCCGGUGCCCCCCGCCGCAGCACCGUGGUGGCACUGGUGGUGCACGUCACCCCCCGGAGCACCCCAGUGCCACCCAGCACCACCACCCGGCACACGACACUGCGGAAGGAGCCGCUGGUUGUCACGCGGACGGAGGCGGCAUGGCACCCACCAGCCUGGUUUGUGGCCGUGCUGACUGUCUCCGGCGCCCUGCUGCUGGCCGCCCUGGGCUGUGUGGCCCAGAGCCUGCUGUGCAGCAACCGAGACCAUAGCAAGCUGCUCCUGGGCAAGAGCUCCUGGGACGUCGCGGAGCAGAGGGGUGGCGAGGAAGAGCGGGGCUGCCCCCAUGCUGGCAGCCCUGGGCAGUUCGACGGCCGUGCCUGGGACCCACGCACCGGCAGGGACUAUCUCUUCAACAGCGUGACCGGGGCACGGCACUGGAUCUGA